AUGCUAUCGUGCUGGCUACCGGUUUCUCUCGCGAGCACGCUUGCGCCGCCUAGCGCCAUCGUCAUCGGCGGCUCGAGUGGCAUGGGCAGGGCCGCGGCCAUCGCCGUCGCCUCUCGCGGCGGCAGCGUGCUUCUGGCGAGCCGGACACAGGCCAAGCUCGACUCGGCUGCCGACGAUAUUCGUCGUGAGGUACCGGACGCCCAGCUGACGACUAGAGUGCUCGACGCUCGCGACGAGGCAGCCGUAAAGGCGUUUGGUGAGGAGCUCGAGGGUCGCUGGGACGCGCUGAUCUGCACGGCGGCCGGCAGGGCGCCACACGGGCCGAUCGGCGAGCUUGACACGGCCGACACGGCCGCGCUGUUCGACUCCAAGUUCUGGACGGCUCACAACGUCUGCAAGCACCUCGCGCCGCGGCUCGCUGACGGCGGCGCGGUCGCGCUCACCGCUGGUCUGCUCAACCGUCGGCCGGGCAUGAACUGCUCUCCUCUGGCGGCGGUGAAUGGCGCGCUCGAGGGCCUGACGCGUGCGCUCGCCCUCGAGUUUGGGCCGCGGCUGCGCGUCAACUGUCUGUCGCCGGGCUUCUGCGAUACGGAGCGCUUCGACCACAUGCCGGCGGAGCGCAAGGCGGCGAUGCUCGCCAACACGGCGGCGUCGCUGCCGCUGCGGCGCGUGGGCGCACCGAGCGACAUGGGCGAGGCGCUCUACUACCUAGUCAGCGCGCCCUUCGUCACGGGCGUCGUGCUCGACUGCGAUGGCGGCCACCAUAUCCGUCAGUACGCGGACGCAUCCUCCGACCCGAUGCGCGCGGGCGGCGGCGACGUCGAGCUCAGCGCCUGGAGAGAAUCGAAGAGGCGCGGGGCAACGGCGGGUGAAUAG